AUGCAUCUAUUUGAAAAGAAUUUGCUUCUAAUUUUCCUGUUUCUAAUAAUAACACUUAUAACUCGUUGUUUAUCUCAGACGGCCAUCCCUGCCGGGAUUCCAUCGUUUGGGUCUCCACCAACAGGCGAUGGUGAUUUUACAAAUUCUCCAAAAUCGGAUCUUCCAUUUCCACUCUUGUCAGCUUCCCCAGAAUCUGAUUCAAAUCUAAAAUCAUCGAUACCAUCGAUACCAUCGUUUCCAUCGGAAACUGCCCAACCAAUGAGUCCAAAGACGGCAAAGUCACCUGACAGUGGAAGUAAAGCUCCAUCUUCGGGAAGUCCAAAUACUUCCCCAAAGUCUAAUGGUAAUGGUAAUAGUAAUGCCAAAGCUACCCCAAGUAUUAAAAAAACUCCUUGGCAAGAGAAAGAAAAGGCUUGCAUUGAAGUUAGUGGUCCACCAAAUCAAACAGUAAUACAACCUGACUCUAUACAACGAAUAUCUUGGAAUCAAUCUCCAUGUCAAAUGGAAGCUCGAAUAGUUGGAAAUUUUGCCAUUUUAUUAUUCAAUAGUUUAAAACUUGUACCUGACGCAAAGAAACGUGAUUAUUCUCAAAAUGGAAAAAUAAUGUACGAUUGGGGUCCUAUGCCGAAAGUACCUUACUUAAAUCAUCCAAGAAUUACAAACUCUUCAGAUUUCUAUAUUCGAGUAGAAACUAUAUCUAGAUCUGGUAUUUUUGGUUCUAGUGUUCCUUUAGGUGGAAUUUAUGGUCCAUUUUCAAUUGAAUUAAAAGAUCCUCCGGAAGGUCAACAAGAUAUCUCACACCAAAAAGAUGUGUUACAUAAUUCUUUAGGAUCGGAAUUAUGGAUUCAUUCAAUUAAGAACAUUUGUUUUUGGAGUAUUAUCUUUGGAUUGAUUACGUUUAUAUUUUAA